UUUCUAUGUAUGUACCUUUGAUACCUGCAAAUUGGUAAAAAUUCGGUAUAAUCAUCUUACCCUAUAAAGUUUGAUUACAAAUCAAACAAAAUUACCAAACGUCAAUAACUUGUAAAGUUUUGCUUUGGACUUCUCUUUCAGGAGAAUAUGUACGAAUUACUCUGAUCUAAUUUAGGCGUGUUUUAUAAUCAAUUUCGCAGCAAAAUGAUACAUAUAGGUUUGUCCAGGUUAAGGAUUCCUUUAAUCAGAAAGUUGAGUAAAAUGGCGAUGGGCGAUCAGAGAGUAGGCGUUUCCGGUCUUAUGAUCGACGAGGUAAUUCAGAGACUGGAAAAAUGGGCUCCGUUAUCUUUGGCGGAACAUUGGGACAAUGUCGGUCUGUUGAUUGAGCCUAGUCAAGAUAUGCCAAUAAAAAAUGUGAUGCUAACCAACGACUUGACGGAAGACGUCGUACAAGAAGCUGCUGACAACGAAGCCAACCUAGUGAUAACUUAUCAUCCAAACAUUUUUCACGGAAUGAAGAACGUUACUGUCAGGAACUGGAAAGAGAGGAUUGUGCUUGGCUGUAUUAAGAACAACAUCGCUGUAUUCUCACCUCACACUUCUUGGGAUAAUGUAGAAGGUGGUGUCAAUGAUUGGUUAGCGGAUGCUCUCGAGUUUGAUAGCUCCAAACCCAUUCAGCCUAAUGCAAACAAUCCCAAACUAGGAGCUGGAAGGUCGCUUAUUCUGAAAAAUGAAAUAACCCUUUCUCAAGCAGUAGAAUCUAUAAAAAAGCACACUGGUUUGGCACAUGUGAGAUUGGCAAUAGCCAGAGGAAGAGAUCUUGAAUCCAAGAUAAAGACUGUUGCCCUCUGCGCUGGUUCUGGUAUAUCCGUGCUACGAGGGGUGCCUGCAGAUUUGUAUUUCACUGGAGAAAUGCUGCAUCACGAUUUGCUGGAAGCAUGCCAGAGCGGUACUAGCGUUGUCCUAACUAACCAUAGCGAUUCUGAACGAGGUUUUCUUGAGGAUUUCCAGGAGCACUUGGAAAAAGUUGUGUUGGAUGGCCAAAUCAAAGUUUUGGUCUCCAAAAAGGACAAGGAUCCUCUUAUUACUCUUUAACUGUAUCUUUUGUAUCACAAGGCUUGUUAGUCAUUAUUGAAGGUUGUUAAUAAAUUUUUUUUUUAAUUAUGAAAAA